AUGAUACCACGACAACAGCUUCGCGAGAGCCUUCGUGUUGCUCACCCAAACGCCAUUAGCGAUGACCGCCUCCCAUCUCACGAGGAGAUAACAGGAGCUAGCAUACCUUACUUGGAUGCCGUUGUUGAAGAAAUGCUCCGACUUUCGCACACCGCUAUCGGUCAGGAGAGACAAGCCAAGGAGGACACAAUCAUCCUGGGACACCAUAUUCCCAAAGGCACUUCCGUCUUCAUUCCCAACCGUGGUCCCAGUUUCACAGAACCAGGUUUCGAAGUCGACGAGAAACUGCGCAGCGCUUCGUCUCGGAUGGCAGCAGAGGAGCGCGGCUUGCGGGUGUGGGGCUCUGACGGCAUGGACGAUUUCCGCCCUGAGCGCUGGCUCACAAAGAACGAGAACGGUGAGGUGGUCUUCGACGCGUUGGCUGGGCCGACUUUGCCGUUUGGUCUUGGUCUUCGAGGCUGUUUCGGUCGCAAGUUGGCAUAUCUGGAACUUAGGCUUUUGGUGACUCUGCUAGUGUGGUCGUUUGAUUUCCGGACUUGCGAUGAGAGUCUAUCCGACUAUGAUGACAUUGAAACAUUGACGCGAAAGCCGAAGCAGUGCUUUGUGGAUUUGGAGAUUCUGUAG